AAAACGUGUAUGAUGACUGAAGUUUAACACACGUGCGCGCAAGUUCUUUCGAGAAGUUUGUAAGGUUAAUAACAUUCCAACUGUCCUAUAUGGUGUUCCUAUUAAACAUUAGGAUCAAACAGUUUUAUUACGCUUGGUCAGUCUAACUUAGUGGUAAGUCCGCCAUACAAUGGCCGAAGAAAUGUAUUCAGACCGGCAGUUUCCACAGAUAAAGGGAGAUUUGCUAAUAAAGAGUCCGGGAAAUGUCAAAGAAGCAAUAGUUAAAUUAGGUGGCGCUCUUGGUUCUCAUCUCCAAGUCAAAUCGUCCUGCUCAUCUGUUGCCUUGGCAAACCUAUCACAGAAGCUAGGAAGAAUAAACGGCUUAAACCAACUGGAUAAAUCCACCAGUUUACCAAGUAUAGGAUUGCAAAAAGCUUUUAACAACAGACAUAAUUUAUCCCAUAAAGAAGACAACAUUAUCAAUCAAAUUACAGGAAAUAAUUGCGUCAUUUCUGGGUUAGAUGCUGAAUCUUCUCUACCAUUACUUUCCACAAAUAACGCUAGGCAUGGGCCCCUUAACAACAGCCUCAAUAUAAAUCCAGGAUGGAACAGCAACAGAAUAGAAAACGCUAGUCACGUACAAAACAACAACAAUGAAGGAAACAGUGCCAAAAACAUGUCCUCUUCCAAUAGUAACGAAAGUUUAGCAACUCCGAAACGACACAUUUCUCAAACAGAGCAUAAUAAUGAAUACAAUCAAAAGUUCUUACGAGUUGAUCCUUACGGCAGAAGAUUGCCUUUAACCUCACAAGAAGCUUUGAAAUAUUAUGGUUCGAGAUUAAACACUUUUGAGCGAGCAGAAAUACAACAGUACCAGGAGCUAUGGUACAUAGGACUGGAAGCCAACAAAAUUGAAGGGGAAAUUGGUUCUCCUCAAAAUAACGGUUACGACGACGAAAACGGUUCCUAUCUGAAGGUUCCUCAUGACCAUCUAUACUAUAGGUAUGAAAUUUUAGAGGUCAUCGGAAAAGGAUCAUUUGGCCAAGUUAUUCGGGCACUUGAUCACAAAACUAACCAGCAUGUGGCAGUGAAAAUCAUUCGGAACAAGAAAAGAUUUCACCAGCAAGCUCUAGUCGAAGUGAAAAUUUUGGAUCUUCUAUCUAAGAAAGACAGCGACGGUUAUCAUAACGUCAUCCAUACUAUUGACCACUUUCAUUUCAGAAAUCACUUGUGUAUCGUCUUUGAAUUAAUGGGCCUGAACCUUUAUGAACUGAUAAAGAAGAACAACUAUCAAGGCCUAAGUUUAGGACUUAUUCGAAGAUUUACUUAUUCGCUUAUACAGUGUCUGCGUCUUUUAUACCGAGAGAACAUCAUUCAUUGUGACCUAAAACCGGAAAAUAUCCUUCUCAAACAACGGGGAAGCAGUUCCAUAAAGGUGAUAGACUUUGGUAGUUCUUGCUUUGUCCACCAGAGAGUGUACACCUAUAUACAAUCAAGAUUUUAUAGGUCUCCAGAGGUUAUUUUGGGAGUACCUUAUGGUCCAGCUAUUGACAUGUGGAGUCUUGGGUGUAUUCUGGUCGAACUUUACACCGGAUAUCCACUGUUUCCUGGUGAAAACGAGGCUGAUCAGCUAGCGUGCAUUAUGGAAAUUAUUGGACUACCCCCAGCAGAGAUUUUAGAAGUGGCGUCAAGACGCCGUCUUUUCUUUGAUUCCAAGGGUAAUCCUCGGAAUAUAACAAACAGCAAAGGGAAGAAACGUAAACCCGGAUCCAAAGCUUUGCCCUCGGUACUGGGAUGUUAUGAUGAACUGUUUGUGGAUUUCCUUUCAAGAUGCCUGAAUUGGAACCCGGAAGUAAGAAUUAACCCAGACGAAGCUCUAAGGCACAAAUGGUUAGUUGGACAUAAAGAUGGUCGCUGUGACAGAAGCGUAACAAAGAGCUUACAUCCUCAAACUCCUACAAGAGAGAGCGAUACAGACAACCAUAAACCAUCAACUCAAAAAAUUCUGAAAGGAUACAAGUACGUGAGCAAUUCUAUACGGGAGAAAUCUGCUGAAAGAACAACAACCAGCAAAACUUCCUCGGAAGAAUCUCUUCUUUUAAGGCCAGUAGAGAGCGUAGAGAGCAACAGUGGAGAAUUACAAGAUCCUCUAGAAGAUUCAGGAACAUUUCUUCCGCCUAUUCUUUGAUCUGGAUAACAUAAUGUGGGUUUAAACUUCUUUGCAGCAUCUUUAACAUAAUUUAAAGGCAGAUGACUGCAAGUAUUCCGGCUGUUGCAAUAACGUUGUUUAGCUGUUUUUUCUUGUGCGUACAAAUAGUGAACAACAAUACCCAAGUUAGUAAAUAAUGGAUUAAAACUCCAAUAAAAAAAGAAUAUUAACAACAAUAUAUCCGUAACAAACAUAUCUUUGUCAAAUACUUAGAGGUUAGUGAACUUUUUUUUACUUUUGGAAUCAGCAACAUAAAAUAAACCAUUAUGGAAAAACUCCAGCUGUCACUGUUAGUUGUGGUAGCAAAUGAAUAAUGUAGGCUCAAUAUAUCUUUCCACUGUUAUCACUAUCGGGUAUUUUAACGUGUACAGUCGACCUGACAUUCAACAACGUUUUAUUUAUGAAGCGUUCUACUUCUAAUAACUCUAUGAUAACAUUAUAAAACUAUCUAUUUCAGAUGUCAAAAUUAUGUACAUCUAUCACUGGUGAUAGUCAGACUUUUCAGGAAUAUGGACAAUUAAUUAACUCUUAAUCAUUUAAUGUAAUAACUGCCAGCAAAUAAAUCAUUAAAAUUUAUUAAUUUAAUUUCACUAAAAGAACUGGAAUUUUACCCCUGAAUGUGUUUCAAAUUAGUAAACCAGUCAUUUUAGUAGAUUAGCACAUCUUAUUUGCCUUCAAAUAUGAACAAUUUUGUUAAAACACAGCUGUCCCCCAUUGAUACAGCGGUAGGUUUAUCGACUUAAAAACACUAAAAUACGGGUUUCGAUUCCCUGCAGUGGACACAGCAGAAAGCCCAAUGUGGCUUUGCUCUGAAAUGAACAGUCUUUUUUUUUAAAUUAUUUACAAUUUAUUUACUGUUGUUAAAACUAGGCACUCAUGUACAUAAAACCUUUACCAGAGGUUUCAAAACCCAACGUUUGAACUGAAUCAAAUAGUUAGAGAUUUGAAUAUAGAAUGGUAAUUGGUAAAGUUAAAUUUAUGUUGCAAAUGGAAAACAUAUUAUUGACCAGAUCUAUGAUAUAGUUAAUCACACCUAUUUUGGGCUCGAUUCUGUUUUGUUUUUUUCUGAUUCAAGUCUUUCUUUGCAAAUGUUAAACUCAUUCUCCAGUCAAGACAAGAUUCAUCUUCAUUUCUUACAUCUAAGGCUUCUACAUUAUCUGAAACUGUACAAAAGUAGGUAUUUGACAUGUCACAUGAAAUAGUUUUUUACGUGUUUAUAACUAGAAUGUUUUUAAGUUAAAAAUAAAUAUUUGCAUCGGCACUAUGCAGUUUCUUUUUUCUGAAGAUUUGCAGCAAGGGCCUAAUGCUUGGGAUCGAUUGUCACCAAAAUAAUGUACUGGUGAACCUAUUCAAGGUUUCCUUGUGUGUGUACCUGUUUUACUUAUGAUAUGCAUUUGUAAAAAUAUUUACUUAUAUCAAUUAAUUAUUGUUUGUUUUGCAUUUUGCGCUAGCCGUCCCUAACU